UACAAACAUUUGACAGCGCUCGUUCAGAGUUGUGUGGAGGCUGGGGGCGGUAAAUGUAGAUAACAUCACUUACACACAUUGCGUUCUGUGUUGAAGACAGCGACAGUACGAUGCCAACGCAGCUCAAGACCUGUCGACAAAACUGACUUCAAGGGCUGAAAGCUCGCCAAAAGAGAGGGACGUCACGACAAAAAAAAACAUAUUGCCACUGUAUACUCGUGCCUGCGUCUACCCAAGAUACAACUUUCAUCAAUGAGGACGUUAGGCAUGGCGGUGUUCAAACAACAAAAAGUGGAGGAUUUCUAUGACAUCGGAGAAGAACUUGGAAGUGGGCAGUUUGCCAUUGUGAAGCGCUGCAAGGAGAAGAGUACGGGCGUGGAGUACGCCGCCAAGUUCAUCAAGAAGCGCCAGAGUCGGGCGAGCAGGCGCGGGGUGCGGCGCGAGGAGAUCGAGCGCGAGGUCACCAUCCUGCAGCAGAUACAGCACCAGAACGUCAUCACGCUGCACGACAUCUACGAGAACCGCACAGACGUGGUGCUCAUCCUGGAACUGGUGUCGGGAGGGGAGCUGUUUGACUUCUUGGCCCAGAAGGAGUCUCUGAGCGAGGAGGAGGCCACCGAGUUCCUCAAACAGAUCCUGGACGGAGUUCAGCACCUCCACUCCAAACACAUCGCACACUUCGACCUCAAGCCUGAAAACAUUAUGCUGCUGAACAACAAAGUGCCUCUGCCCCGGAUCAAACUCAUCGAUUUUGGACUCGCACACAAGUUGGAACAGGAUGGAGCGGAUUUUAAAAAUAUUUUUGGCACCCCUGAGUUUGUCGCUCCAGAGAUAGUCAACUAUGAGCCCCUGGGUCUGGAGGCUGAUAUGUGGAGUAUAGGAGUCAUCACCUACAUCCUGUUAAGCGGCGCAUCUCCAUUUCUGGGGGAGACUAAGCAGGAGACGCUGGCCAACAUCUCGGCCAUGAAUUACGACUUCGAUGAGGAUUUCUUUGGCAGCACCAGCGAGCUGGCCAAGAGCUUCAUCAGACAGCUGCUGGUCAAGGACACCAGGAAACGGAUGACCAUCCAGGACGCUCUCAAUCAUCCCUGGAUUAAGACGACGAACGGCAGUGACGAACCCAAGACCGAGCCGUUCCAACCCCCCCACCACCACGAGGCACACUCCCCCCAGCAACAGCAGCACCAGCUGAAGACCAAGCGGCUGAAGGAGUACACCCUCCAGUCGCACUGCAGCGCCCAGCCCAACCACUCCUACGCCGAGGCCCAGCGCUUCGCGUGCGCCCUGGAGGAGGUGGCGCUGAUGCGGGCCGGCGUGGCGGGGGUCCAGGCGCAGCGCGAGCAGCUCCAGACGGAGGUGGAGGUCCUGUUGGCGGCGUACGGGCCGCGUGAGGCCCGGUUCCGGGAGGGCGGCGAGGGGGUGCGGCAGGAGCUGUCGCGGGCCCGCUAUGAGCUGCGCAAGGCCGAGGCCACGCGCAAAGGGCUGCACCAGGAGCUGCGCGCUGCCGACGUCACGCUGGAGCAGGUGGGCAGGAAGCACCUGGAGAGGCAGGCGCACCUGAGCACGCUGCGGCAGGAGCUGACCGCCGAACUCUGCUGGCUGCGCGAGGUCGUGAUGACGACGAGUUACCAUGGCAACGGCGAUGGCAACGGCGGUGGUGUCGUCGAUGGCGAUGACUCCAUGGUGUUCGGGAGUGACGUAAACGAGGAGUUGAAGGAGCUGCUGAGUCAUGUGUGUGGGGCGGAGCUUUGCCAGGAGGCGGGGCCUGAUCCCUUGACGGACACUGAGGCCGGCCAAUCAGGUUCACCCAGUCAGAAGGCUCCCUUUGUUUGAUUGGGUGUUUUAUCGAUGAUGAUGAUGAUGAUAAAGGAGGCGGGGCCCGAUCCCUUGAGGGAACACUCAGAGACGUCUGUGAAAGAAACACACAUGAACAUCAUGUCCCAACUCCUACACGCAGAUUGUUGCAUAGUAAGACACAGUACACAGCAAAAUCAAAGGCUCACACACUUGCCAAUCUGGCUCCAUCUGUCCAGAAGGCUACCUUUGUUGAAUUUAGUUUUGUAUUACUGUAGUAAUGAUAGCAGAGGUGGUGCCUGAUGCACUGACAGACAAUGGGGAAAGCUUGUGGACAAGACAUCACAUGAAGCACAUGGUACCUCCUUUGUACACACAAACAAACACUACAUUACAGUGACUCACUGUGAGCGGGAUGCCAGAGUGCCAGAGCCCAGUCCAUCACUCCAUGUGUGUGUUUGUUUUAUUGGUUAUUGAUAAGCAAUGUUCUCUGGGCUAGGUACAUGUUUCUAGGUCCAUUAUUUUGCUGUGCCCACGCCUUCUGUAUUUUUUAGUCUUGGAGAGGGAAGGAAAAAGAUACAUUACGUACACAUGUAGCAACAAAUGUGUGACAAAAUGGAUGUCGCCCCGGACAGAUCUUGGAGGUAACAUAUGAAGAGUUCAGAUGCAAAAACCUCUUAAUCUAGCAAUGUCUUUUUUGCCGUGUCCACCUACUGUAUUUUCUUAGUUUUGGCCUGGAGUAGAGGAAAGGAACAGAUACACAGAUUCACAGCGUAUUGCACAAAUGUAGUGUGACAUGACUUGAUUUACCGUAAUGUCUUUAAUGGUACAGGCAGUGGUCCUGGACACAUCUUGGGGGUGAAAUAUAUGACACUGUAGUUCACUAACUGUGAGGAAAUGUAUUUAUUAGAUUUGUAAAGACUGAAUAUAUGAGAAACAUAUAUCACUGGCCAUUAAGUUAUAAAUUAUUUUAAAGUUCUGAAAUGAGACACAUGGUUUUUAUGUCAUCUCAAUUUAAAUAUUGAGUGCAGUUAUUAAGAUGGUACCAGUCACUGUUAAUCAAACACUUGGUUUUUAAAGCUCUGCAUUAUUUUAUUUAUUUAAACUGCUUUAUGGGGCAAAUGGAUUGUGUGUUACUUUUUUUUAAUCAUUAACGAUUUACACUUUUUUUUACACAAACACCUACUGUAUAAGAUGAAAGCACUUUUUAUGU